CCGUCGCCCCCGCCCGCGUUUCGGCGGGUUGCCAUGGCGGCGGGCAGGCGGCCGCGGCCCUGAGCUGCGCGGGAACCCUCCCGCCCGCGGCCUAGCCGGCCCGGCCCUGUCCGCUCCACGCCGCCCCGCCCCGCCAUGGAGGACGAGCUCUACCUCGAGAACAUCGACGAGUUCGUCACCGAUCAGAACCGCAUCGUAACGUACAAAUGGCUAAGCUACACUCUGGGAGUUCACGUCAACCAGGCUAAACAGAUGCUGUAUGAUUAUGUAGAAAGGAAACGAAAGGAGAAUUCAGGAGCUCAGCUUCAUGUCACCUACUUAGUAGCAGGAAACCUCAUCCAGAAUGGACACAUUUGCCACAAGGUUGCAGUAGUGAGAGAGGAUAAACUUGAAGCAAUGAAGUCUAAACUAGCCACAAUUGCGAGCGUGCAUGUCUACAGCAUUCAGAAAGCCUUGCUCAAGGACAGCGCGCCACUCUACAACACAGACUAUGAUAUUGUCAAAACAAACCUGCACAACUGCAGCAAGUUUAGUGCCAUUCACUGUGCCGCUGCAGUCCCCAGGACGUCGGCCGAAGUUUCUCAAGUGCAGACGUCUGUACAGGCUGGUUCCCAGACACCAAGUGACACGAAUGCUGUCAGCGUACCUGUGGUCAACGGCCACGGUCCAUCGACCACAAAACAGACCGCGCAGCAGCCCAAAGGGAUCAUGGGAAUGUUUGCAGCAAAAGCGGCUUCCAAACCCCAGGACACAAAUAAAGAAACUAAAGCAGAGGCUAAGGAGGCCCCAGGCGUGUCUGCAGUAAGCAGCAAACCACCAGCAAAGGGCAACAUAAUGAACAACUUCUUUGGAAAAGCUGCCAUGAAUAAACUCAAAGUCAACACUGUGCCUGAGCAGCCAAAGGAGGAGAAAGAAGUAGUCAAGCCUUCAGUUCCUGUAGCAGAACCAGAGUCAUCCCCUAAUACUGUAGUAGAGAAACCUGGGAAGAAAACAGAGUCUGCUAGAAUUCAGCAAAAGGACAAAAAAAGUAAAAUGAAGAGCGUGGACAAGUCGGAUAAUGAGGAAGAAAGAGUUCCUGAAAAUCUAAAGAAAAAGAGGAAGCGAAUCAAACAACUUCAGUCUGACAGCAGUGACGAGGAAGCUAAUGGCUAUCCAAACCACCCUGAUGAGGUCUGCAUUCAGCCAUUUGGUUCUGCUGCUUGCCCUUCUAAAUCCGACUGGAUGAAAGAAGAUAGAUUUGAAUUCUUUGAAAUAUUCAUACCGAAUCCAAACUGGUAAUGUAGGCAAUAUUAUGUUCUGUAUUCAAGUAUAAGAAUGUAAGUUGGAUGAAACAAAUAAUUUUUAAAAAAAUGUACAGCAGCUGGACUUUGAGAGUGUUUACCCUUGGAAAGGUUGGAAACAGGUUUCUCCAGAGAGCAGGGGCAAUUUUAAUCAGCAGCAUCAGUGAGCAAAAUGGGGCCUGGAGUGACAUUGUUCCACGCUGCAUCCCUCUGGGAGCAGGGAGGAAGGCGCCAUAUGCUGCACAGCAUUUGGAAAUCGCUGCCAGACAGGGCAUGGUUCAUCCACCACCUGCGUAAUUCACCCGCAGAUGAUAGAGGGGUAAGUUUUAAAUAUGCAAAAUGCAAUAUGGGAAGCUGCACCACCAGAGCAGAUACCAAAGGCUAACAGUCUAGCUGCUGCUUAUGCUAACACGCCACGCUAACCUGUCUGACCUCCGCUCGAAGCAAACGAGGAGGUGCUUGCACAGGCUGCUCCACGCAGCUCGAGGAGGCAUGGCCUCUGGCAGGGGUGCUAACCUUUCCUGCGGGUGCAGCUGCAGAUAAAAGGGGACGCUUGUCCGCAGCCAUUGCUGUGAUUGAAUGGCAUUCAGACAGGGCUCCACCUGUGUAACUGCUAGUAAAACCACUGCCCUUUUUCAGGCAGACUUAGCGACAGUUUGUGGGUUUGAAACUGGGUCCAUACGACUGAUGUGAAGCGCUGUAUGGGUGCUUUUAUGUCAGGGCAAGUCUUUCGCGUUGUUCUAUAUUAGUCUGUUCUUAAUGUACUGAAAUUAGCCCAAAAUAAGCUCUUCUUACACGAGUGUCAGCACAUUGUACCAAGUUGAAAAUACAGAGAGGGCAUAAGGCACAAUCCUCUCCAUUUAAAUGAUUUUUCAUUAAAAAGUUAUAUUGGUAUGAGGGUGCCUUAGUCACUGCAGGUUGUUUUGCUUCCAGUGCCAGAAUAAACUACACAAGUGUGUCCACAGAGGACAGGAGGUUUUGGCAGCUUCAGCUAUACCAACACAGGCAGCGUUUCGCUGUGUUGACAAGUGUUUUACAGCCACUUUGGAGGGUGAUUUCAGUGGCACUGUAACCUACAAACUCUAUCGGUUUCAGAGAGCCGCAGCAGAAGCACUAAAGCUUCUCACAGUUUUUCCAGGCAGGGUCAGAGCAAACUGAACAAAGCCAGGAUUUACAUCUUUGGUACAUCCAAUUGCCCAACUUGUAUCCAUUUCAUGCAGCUGUUGCUGUUGAGUAAACUGUGGGCAGCAGCUAGAGGUUGACUCAGGAGUUAUCACAUGUCAGAGGGCUGUGUUGGCUAGAAGAGGAUAAUAAAGUAAUAGAGACGCAGCUUGAUGGUAGUCCGAAACACUGACGUGGGGAGAAAGUGCCUUCUGCCUGCCAAAAACUGGGAGAACUUGUUUGAAGGAGGCUGAAAAAAAGCCCAAAUUUCCCCCAAGCAAGCAUAGUGAAGUUGACACACUGAAAAUACCUUCAGCAGCCUCUGCUCGAGCACAGCAGAGGUGGCAGUUUUUCACCAGGCUGGUUUUCAGCCCUCUUAGCCUAUGCUCUCUUAAAAAUAUUUCCAAAUUGAUGUGGCCAGCUUGGGUUGUCUGUGAAGCAGGUUCGGUGCUGUGCAGUAUACGGGCGCUUCAGCCUGCAGUUGCUGUGAGACUAUGAUAAAUAUUGAGAAUUUUGAGUUCCCUGCAGCUCCUCGGCUGUGGUCCUGGCUGCCCCAGCAGUUAGCACCUUAGAGCAGAUCCGUUGUUUGGUUUUAUCUUUGCACAGCUGCCAGACCCAGCUCUUUGGAGCAAGGUGAAAUACCGAGUCAUGUUAUCCCACUCUGUUUGCAUUUCUGUGCCUCGCUUACUGAAGUAGUUAGGAGGCUGAGUCCUUGUUUGAAGAAUGUAAUUUAUUAUUUAGCCUUGGCAGCCAACCACUGUUUCACUUGAGCCCUUCUUAACCUAUGAAGGUCAGUUGGCCAUAUGCCUGGCACAGUCAUAACUCUUAACACUGACCUAAUCGGUUGGGACAGCUACAGAUCCAGAAUUCGUGUUACAACGACAGCAUGAAUGCAGUGCUACAGCCAGCAGAGCUGGGAGAAGAAGCCAAGCAGGCUCUCUGUCCUCCCGUCCUGCGGCAUCGUUGUUGUUAUUAAGCAAUAGGUCAGAUGAGGAGUUUCUUCCCCCAUGUUCCUAGCUCUCCCCCACAUUUGAGGACUUGCAUGGCAGCGUUUCUCACUUGGAUUUGGAGAGGAUUCCUUAAAGCCGUUUAAAUUAGUCACGGUGCCUGCUGCGUGGUGCAAGGUGCUGCUCCUUCCCCUCUUGCCCUGCACUGAUUUUUCUUCACCGUCACGGCUCUGUCCCUCUGCCAGCCCCACAGAAGAGUGACCCUGGCUUUCUCAUUUGUCUAUAAGCCCUGCUAGUCUCACUAAAGCCCUGUUUGACGCGGCUGGUAGAGGCUCCAGAGCUGGUUUUGCUCUGUACAAAUUUGUGAAGGUGACCUUGACCAUUUCAGUCGGGUCGGGCAUUAAAAGGAUUCUACUCUCUCUGUCCUUGCACCUGGAGGACAGCAUAGAUGAUGGCAGAUGAGAGAAUGGGCUUAUUUUUUGGGGGUGGUUUGGGGGUUUUUUUUGUUUGUUUUACAAAUGGAAGGUUGCGGUGUCCCUUAACAAUCUUUUAGGAGGGGUAAUAGUAUAUUGCACUUAAUUCGUGGAUUAAGGUAGUUCCAAGCUAAUGGCAUGGAUUGUUUGGGAUGUGUAGCACCACCUGUGAAGCAGUAACUGUUUUAUGAAUGGGGGAGAGGUAGAGAAACUAAGGUCAUCCAGUGAUUUGGGAAUGCGUAGUCUUAAACCCUGACUCUUUCAAUUUCUAAACAAAUUACAGUCCCUCUUUUUAAUGAGCAAGUGAAAUAUAUGGCUAAAACAUACCAGGCUUUGUGCCUAUUUUUAAAGUUUCAUUUGGUGGAACUGAUUCUUGGUUUACCAAAAAUCUGAAAUGCACUUUUCCCAUCCUAUCCCACCCUCCACCCUCCUUCCUUUAGGAACUGCAAUGCAUAGCACCUUAGCACAGGACAAGCCGUCUGGCUGGAGGCUGACUGCUUUGGAUGAUUUGUCCUGACUUGAAUUAAACAAAUCUGAGUGAGAACUUGUAAACCUUGGUCUAAAUAUAGGUUACAAGCAAUUGCUCAGAGUUAAAUGAAGUGAUCUGAGACAAAAGGGUAGCUGCAAGGGGGCAUUAGACCCACGUACUAUCAAGAUG